AUGUUGAGUCUAUUUUCAUCAACGGUUUUCUUUUUUAAUCUGGUUUUUAUAUCAUCAGUGAUUCGUGCGGAGAAUCCUUGCCGUUUUGACCAUACCAAGGGAACUAUUGAUUUGACUUCUGUUGGCCGAACGGAUGGAACAGCAGCAUACAUCGACAAAACACCACCAACUUCGGGAGAUUAUAAAUAUAGUUACAAUCCCUGCAAACCGUUUACCGAACUGCCAUCUUGUGUCAACGUAGCUGCAUGCCAAGUAUCCGCCGAUAAAAAAUACAGUUUUAGUAUUGGUUUACAAGAUAGUGCAUCGUGGAAUCCAGGUACUGGUUUGGGUAGUCUCCCUUCAGUGACUUACAGCGACGGUGUAAAACAAGCUAGUGUUACUCUACAAUGCUCAACCGACGGGUCGGAAUCACUCGAGGCAUUAGGUGAAUCGCCAACUAACUUCUAUAAAUUUCGUCUGACACACAAAUGUGCUUGUUGGGAUGGUUGCAAAAAUUCACCAGAUACAACAACGAAAUCUUCAAAAGGAAGUGGAGGCGGUAUUGGCGGUGGUGCAGUAUUUGUCAUCAUUUUAUUCGUACUCGCAAUUGUUUAUUUUGUUGGCUUUGCAUUAUUUGCUCGUUUCCGUUUACAACGAACCGGUGUCGACCUUGUUGCUAAUCGAACAUUCUGGGUUGCACUACCUGGUUAUGCCAAAGAUGGAGCAGUUUAUCUAUACGGUCGUGUGACAAAUAAAAGUACUAACUAUCAAUCAGUAUAA